AUGCUAAAUUUGAGUGCUACGCUGCACGUCUGGAAGGCCGUCGCCAACCCGGCGCUCGUGAACCCGCAGCUGAUUGUCCCCACGUUCCAGCACCUGCCGCAUCACCUCCCCCACAUCAGAGGCAUGGUGCUGGACAAGGACAACUGCAUUGCAAAAGACCACGACGACAGAGUCUGGCCCGCUUACGAGGAGCGCUGGAGCUCUCUCAAGGAGGAAUACCCCGGACGGCUGCUCAUUGUGAGCAACUCGGCGGGCACGAACGACGACGUGGACGGCCAGGCGCAGCGGCUCGAAAAGAACACUGGCGUGCCUGUUCUGCGGCACUCCACCAAGAAGCCCGGGUGCUGGCCUGAGAUUGUGGCCUGGUUCGGGCAGCGCGGCGUGGCGCCGCACGAGAUCGCCGUCGUGGGCGACCGCCUGUUCACAGACAUCUUGAUGGCCAACAUGAUGGGCUCGUACGGGGUGGCCAACUGGGACGCCAUAUUCUCCGACCCCAAGAUGUUCUCCUCGAUGCUCAUCUACAUAGCGUUCAUGAUGGCACAACUGGGGCUCAGCUACGCCGGGUUCGUGUAUUUUGAGGUCGAAAACAGGCCCGCCAUCUACAGCGUGUCGCUGCUGUACAACAUAUUUGCGUCGUACUUCUUCCCGAUCCUCAUAGCCAGCACCAUGGAGGAGAACCUGGAGAACCCGUUCGAGAGCCUGCGCAAGGAGGUGCGCGCGUGCCAGGGGUUUUUGGUGUGCGUGUGCAUCCAGGCGGCGGCUCUGGCGCUGUCAGCGUGGUCCACGGUGCGGAUAUUGCAGACGGGGCAAGUGCUGCUUGUCGACUACGACUACGUCUCGAGAAGCACCAAGAAAAUCGACGUCACCAGCAUGAUCAAGGUGUUCCAGGUGGUGAGCUUGAGCCUGACGGUGUUUGGGUUCCUGAUGAGCCUCGUGAACUUCGUCAUCACGCGAAACAGACUCAUCCGGUACCUGCACCGCAUCGAGCGCGAGGGCGAGCACGAGUGGGCCGGACACAAUCUGCCGGACGACUUCUACGAGCGCUGUCUCAAGACGCACCGCGGCACGGCUUAA